AUAUUUAGGAUUAGGAGCAAUCUUCGCUCUUCAUACUUUGGAGAGCUUUCUGUUUGGUUGCAGAGAAAAGUUACGUAGAUUCGGAAACAGAUUGGGAUUUAAAUUCUUUUUUUUAAUUGUGUAAGAGGAAAAAUGGAUAGGGAGAGAUGCUUACGGAGCCGCGAUUGCAUGCUUUGAUUUUGUCGAAGUCUCGGAGAUCGGAAGAAUCGUGGGGGUUAUCCUCGGGUUUAAAGACAGUAGAUGAAGCUGAUAGAGAACGGGAAUUGGAAGUUUUGAUUGGAUGGAAGGAAAGGAGAGUAGCGGAAGGGAAAUACGGUUAUUGAACCGUUGGAACAGGCGUGAUAGGAUUCGGCCGUACGGAGAGAUGAGAUUUGAGUGUCGCAUUUUGUGAGAGAGGUGGUGAGCAUUGCAGCCAUUUGAGAGCGAACAGCGAAGCGGGCAAGAGAAAAAGCGGUCUGGUUGGUUGGGACGAGGGAGAGUGGAAAUUAUUUUGCUAACGACGUCGCUUUCGAAUUCACUAAGGAUACGUUUGGUUUACUAUUUUGCCAACAAUGCCACAAUAACCAAAUUAUGAGGUUUUUCUUGUCCCAAACGCGCCCUUUGGUAGUUUUUCAAAAUCAAAUGCAACUUUGUAGAGUGCGGGCUUUAGCGCUUCAGGCCAAAUCCUUAAGUAUCCAAUCAAAACGGAGCUCAAAGCAUUUUUCUCUUCCUUCUGUAGGAAACGUCAAAGAGUGGUUUUAUUCUCUUUCGUGAAUCGCAUUUUCUUUGGCCUUGCUGUAGCAUCUUCAUUCACGGUUCAAAUGUGUUCCCUUCUCUAUAAAUCGCUUAUUUGCGAGUCCCCCCAUUUUCGUACCCAAUUCCUCAACGUUCCCGCGGGUUCUCCUCCCUUUCCGUCGCCUCCCAAUCAGAAUAUUUCCCGCCGGAUUACGUAUCGAACCAUGUCUUGCUCUUCCCAAACCUCUUUCCCCACUCUCCGAACCGUCACCAUAUCUUAUCCCAAACUCAAGGACAAGGAGGCUGACCUGUCUAUGAAAAUUGAAGAAGGAUUUGGACUGAAUGGACUGGGAAUUCUAUCAAUUACAGACGUUCCAGAAUUUCCUUCAUUGCGCCGAAAUCUUCUGCAACUUUCACCUAGAUUAGCUGGCCUGCCUGAAGAGGUGAAGAAGGGACUUGAGGAUCCUCAGAGUAGGUACAAUUUUGGAUGGAGUCACGGGAAAGAGCAGCUCGAAUCUGGGAAACUGGAUCUGCUGAAAGGUUCGUUCUAUGCAAAUCCGCUAAUUGAUGUGCCUACAAACGAUGUAUACUUGAUUGAGAGGUAUCCAUCAUAUUGUGGAGCAAAUAUAUGGCCUCAGGCUGCUUUGCCUGAACUGGAAGUGGCUUUCAAAGCUCUGGGAAAGCUGAUCUUUGAUGUUGGGUUGCUGGUGGCAUAUCACUGCGAUCAAUAUGUAUCUAGGGGGAUGAAAAUGCACAAGGAUGAAGGCCUUGAACAAAUACUUCUUCACUCUCGUUGUCAUAAAGGCCGUUUGCUAUAUUACUUUCCUGCACAACUAAGUAAUCAUAAAGAAAAUGGUGACUCCAUGUCAUCUUGGUGUGGAUGGCAUACAGACCAUGGUUCACUGACAGGUCUGACAUGUGGCUUGUUUAAGAGGGAUGGUGUAGAAAUAUCUUGUCCUGAUAGUGCUGCUGGCCUUUAUAUAAGAACACGGACUGGUCAAAUUGUCAAGGCUAUUUUUGGAGAAGAUGAAAUAGCAUACCAAAUUGGCGAGACCACUGAAAUUCUUUCUCAAGGUUACCUUUGUGCAACACCUCACUGUGUUCAUGCACCAAAAGGAAAGGAGGCUUCUGGUGUUGAUCGAUCAACAUUUGCAUUAUUUAUGCAACCUGAUUGGGAUGAAAAGCUCACUUUUCCUGGGGAGGUUCAUAUUCAUAAAGAGCUGAUAUCAUCAAGCGGCAGUCUUACUUUUGGAGAAUAUUCUGAGUUGCUCAUUGACAAAUAUUACCACAAGAAAGCAUAGGGAGCCUGUAUUCUCUUCUAGCAACUUUAAUCUUUAUUUUAUCCCCUGAUGUCUAGGUACACUAAAUAAUACAAAAAUAAUCAAUAAAAUCUCUUUGUAAGCUUCAUU